AGCGUCUGGCCAGUAGUGGCCUUGAGGCCGCUAGCAGGUUGUGGCAUGGUCGCAAAGCCGCCCUAGAGUCGAGGAAACGGCAUAGCCCGUUUCUGAUUCUAGGACGCCACACGGCCUACUGAGACACCAACACCUCAGGGUGCGCAAAACAAACAGAAUGACUAGGCGAGAGGUGUGUGGACGAGGGCAAGUCACUUAAAGAGGUCACGAGCUCCUCUCUGUGUUUCCCUCCCGACUCUUUUGGUUUUCACUAUCUUACCUCCUCAUCAUAACGUAUGAACGCCUCCUUUCAGCAACCCCUGCAUUUGCUUUGGAAUCGACUAUGCGCUACCUCGCCAUCGCAAUGACGGCUGUCCUUCUAGCAGCCGCCGUCACUAGUGCUGCACCAGUAGAGGUCUCGGAAUCACAUCUGCAAUCCACAUGGCAUAGAACCGCGAAUGCGAAGAUACAUGAUGCGGAUCUCCUCCGAGCGCGAAGUGGUGCGAGCGUUGAUGUGAAAGACGUCGGCUCCGGCCGUGGCAAGAGAGCCAACGUGAAGAGGAUGGCAGCUGCCUCUGCAAAGACGACGACGACGACGACGGCGAAGGCGACCACUACUAGCAAGGCAUCCACUACCCAAGCGACAAGUACCUCCAAGACGACACCAAGCUCAACCUCAACUUCAAGCACAAAGCCAAGCAGUACCACCAAGCCCGCAUCCAGCACAUCCACCAGCAGCUCGACGUCUCGGGCUACUAGCACGACGAGCGCGACAAAGACGGUCGUGACGACGACGGUCACUGUCACAGUAGUAGGGACAGGGACCAAGGCAGGCUGCUCGACCUCGACCCAGUCUUCUGCUAAGCUCUCCAGCGCGACGACGACGACGACGAAGUGGGCUACGACACAGAUUGCUAUUGGCUGGUCAGACCUUCUUCCUGUCAAAUCAAGAUGACGCUGAUACAAAAAAGGGGGGAAGGGGGGGUUCUAGACUUCGAUUUCGACUUUACUUGACCGUUUCUGCGCACAAAUUCCCAAAUUUUAGCCCAUCUUGCAUGUAUAUACAUACACCCAUUCACACGCACUGUACUCUCUAAUGUCACCAUUUGGAAUCGUUUUCAAUCUGAGUCGUCACCCAAUCUAUUUUGUGAGAAAGAAGAGCGCUAGAUGAC